AUGGCCAUUGCGAACAAGUGCAACCUCCACUGUCUUCUUAAUUGUUCAUUUGGUGCUCCGGAGAUGCUCUCGUCCCACCCCAGCGCACACGACCGGCGGCGCAGCAAAGAGCCGCAGCGCAUCCGCACCGGGGCGCGCAUGCUGGUGGCGUGCAUCUACUGCAAGGAGCACAAGCUGCGGUGCGACAACGGCGUGCCGGCGUGUGCCAGCUGUGUGCGGUUCAGCCAGACCUGCCUGGUCGAGGAUCCCAUCACGAAGCGCCACCAGCCGCGCAACUACCUGGAGAUCCUGGAGACGCGGGUUGCGUAUCUCGAGGGGUUGUUGAGAGAUGGGCAGACACAGACACAGAGACACACACAGGCACCAACACCAUGCACGACGGGCUCACCGACAUGGCGUUUGCCACGCACAAAUGUCACAGCCACUGACAAAGAGGCCGAUGACGACAACGACAAUAACGACAACGACAAUGACAACAACGACAAUGACAACAACGACAGCGACGUCGACGGCCUGGCCGCGACCGUUGGCAUGCUUGGCUUGUGCGCCACGGGCAUGGAGCCCCGGUACCUGGGCUCCUCGUCGGCGUUUGCCUUUUCGCGGGCCAUUGGGACGUCGCUGCUGCUGCGCGAUGCGGGGAGCGGCAGGCCUUGCCUUGGUGCGCGGCCAGGCAUGCCCAUGCCCAUGCCCAUCCCCGGCGACAUGCACAGGAACCUCCCGACGGCCCCCACGUACGAAGAGGGCCUGGUGCUGAGCAAUGCGUACUUUGAGAACAUCCACAUCCAGUACCCGUUCUUGCACGAGCCGACGUUCCGCCUCUGGGAGGUCCAGCGGGUGUCGUCGGUACCUCCAGUGCCGUUGUCGGAGUCGGAGUCGGAUCUAGACAUGGCCUCCUUCUUUGUGUACAUGGUCUACGCCAUUGGUGCCCUGCUGCUGCCGACGACACGCCACGACCCCGAGCAGCUCUACGCCCUGGCCAUGCGGUCCAUGGACGGCGUGCUGCACCGGGACAACCUGCAGUCCGUGCAGGCGCUGCUGGCGUGCUGCGUGUACUCGCUGCGCUCGCCGUCCGGCCCGUCGGUGUGGAAGCUGACGGGGCUGGCGCUGCGGCAGUGCAUCGAGCUCGGCUACCACCGGACCGCCCAGCGCAGCGUUGGGGCGCGGCUGGGCAGCGUGCAGAUCGAGCUCCGCAAGCGUGCCUUCUGGACGGCGUUUGCCAUUGACUGCUCGGUGGCGCUGUUUCUGGGGCGGCCGUUUGGCGUGUCGCUGUGGGACAUUGAUGUAGAGCUCCCCCAAAACAUGGGCGACGGCAGCGUGUUUGCGGACGCCCACGGCGGCACCGGCCUCUGUGCGCCGGCGCCCGACUUGUCGGUGGCGCUGCACAUGUUCCGUCUGCGCCGGCUCUGGGCCCAGAUCCACGUCGCCCUCUUCAGCGACAGUACGACACGCGUCCGCAUCCGCACGACCGACGCCGCCUACACGGCCCGCAUCCAGCAGCUGCAGGCUGCGCUCGACGCGUGGCGCGCCGCGGCACCACCGGCACCGCCGCGCACGGGGGCGGCCCUGACGCUCUUUGGCAGCCCGGACUGGUACGACACCAACUACCACCACUCCAUCCUGCUGCUGCACCGCAACCACCUGGUCGAGGCCCGCGCGGCCGUCCCGGCGCCCGUCGUGCACGCCUGCCUCGACGCCACCGAGCGCAUCGCCCGCGGCUACUACCGGCAGUUUGUCCUCGGGCGCGUCGGCUGCACGUGGGGCUGCCUGCACGUGCUGUUCCUGGCCGGCCUGACGUACCUGCACAGCCUCUGGACGUCGCCGGCCGCGCGCGCGGCCCGGUCGCUGAGCGCCGUGAGCAGCACGUGCAUGGACUGCUCGAUGGUGUUGGCCGUGAUGGCGGCGCGGUGGACGCGGGCGGCGGCGUACCGGGACAUGUUUGAGACGCUGUCGCGCAAGACGAUGGCGAUGCUGGCGGGGAACGGGAUGAAUGGGGGGGACAUUAACAACAACAAAGGCAGUCCAGAUACAGCGGCAUGGCUGGAAAGUGUAGAGGCGUCGACGCUGGCGGCCGAGAGCAGCGGCUUGGACGACCCGUGGGAGGUGAUGCAGUGGAUCAACGAGGACGCAUUGACAGAGGCGCCAGAGACGUUUGCGUUUACAUAG